AUGGCUAUGCGCCUCCAGCGUCUCUUCCGAGCGCCUAGAUUGCCCCGCCGAGUUACCAGACGUUUGGUGACCACUAAUGCCGUCUCCAGCUCAGAGUCGGCCGACAGAAUUCCACUAGCAAACGUAUCGGAGACUCUUCCAGAAGUUGAUCCCCCAGCGCAAACUGCUGAGAGCGAGAGUGCUCCUCCGCUGCGUAAAGAAGACCCAGGCCUCAACCAAGCUAAACAGACCACUAAGAAGCAAGGCGUUCACCGCAUACUCUCCGAAGCUUAUCAUGAUGGUCUGCUUUUGAGAAAGGGUGAAGACCCGCUGGAUCGCCUGGAUGAGAAGCUGGGAAUUCCGACGUGGGGGCCUUGGGGUGUGCCGAUUAAGAUGAUGACGUCGAAGGGGUCCCUGGUUUCUAAUAUCUGGGAUUGGAUUGUUAAGCAUAAAAAGGGUCCCGGCAUGGUUACCUUGAAAAACCAAGAGAAGGAGGUUGAUCCGCUGCUAAGACCGAGAAGAACUCAGUUUUGGGACUCCUCCAUUGGACAUGCGCCUCCUUCGGUCAAGUAUGAAGAGGUUAUGGCAGAUGAUCGAGGGGUUGGGAAGUGGACAGCUAAGAUUCGCAAAUAUGGAUUCUGCUACGUAGACGGCUGUCCUCCUACACCUGAAGCUACCAAAGAGCUCCUCGAGCGGAUUGCUUUCAUUCGAGUCACCCACUACGGUGGCUUCUACGACUUCACAGCAGACCUCACCAUGAAAGACACUGCCUACACCAAUCUCGCACUCCCAGCCCACACCGACACAACGUACUUCACCGACCCCGCCGGCCUCCAAAUGUUCCACCUUCUCUCGCACACCGACGGCGAUGGCGGCGCCUCCCUCCUCGUCGAUGGCUUCGCUGCCGUCAAAACCUUGAUCAAAGAAUCGCCCUUCUCCUACGAGGUCCUGUACAAGACGCCCAUCAGCUGGCACGCGAGCGGUAACGAAGGCAUCACCAUCACUCCUGCUAAAAAGAUGCCAGUUUUGAGUCUACAAGAUUUGGAAGACGGAGAGUUCCGGAAAAUGCUGCAGAUUAGAUGGAAUAACAAUGAUAGAGGUGUGGUAGCGUUGAAGGAGGACAAUGGCAUGGGAGCUAGGAAGUGGUAUAAAGCUGCUGCCAAGUUCAAUGACAUCUUGAACCGCAAGGAGAAGCAGUAUUGGGCGCAAAUGAAGCCGGGGAGUCCGCUGAUCUUUGACAACUGGCGAGUCCUGCAUGGGAGGUCUGCAUUCACUGGUAAGAGGAGAGUUUGCGGUGGCUACAUCAACCACGAUGAUUACAUUUCGAGAUGGCGCAACACCAACUUCACAAGAGAAAAGGUUCGAUACGCAGCCACCGAGAUCCACCCCGCGAAAUCAGCUCGUGCGCGUGGAGCGUACUUGCGAGUCUCCUUCAAGAACACCCGCGAGACCGCCCAAGCUAUCAACGGAUGGAAGCUGCAGCGUGCAAUCAAGUUCCUCGAGAACGUGCAGGAGCACAAGGAGGCCGUCCCCAUGAGAAGAUAUGCAGGAGGAACUGGUCGCGCGUCUCAGGGCAAGCAAUUCGGUGUCUCUCGUGCUAGAUGGCCAGUAAAGUCCGCUGAGUUCUUGCUCGGUCUCCUCAAGAACGCUGAGGCGAACGCGGAUACCAAGGGUCUCGAUACUGGAAACCUCGUUGUUAAGCACAUCCAAGUCAACCAAGCCCCGAAGCAGCGCCGCCGAACAUACCGUGCCCACGGUCGUAUCAACCCGUACAUGUCCAACCCGUGCCACAUCGAACUCAUCCUGACCGAAGGCGAGGAGGUUGUCGCAAAGUCGAGCGCUGUUGAGGGACGUGAUGCUCACUUGACCUCAAGACAACGUGGUGUCCGUACUCGCAAGGCUAUCACUGCUGCAUAA